AUGUGGCCCUUUGCCUCUUCCUCCGCCUCGUCGUCGACGCAGCAGCUCGAGGCCAACACCGACAAGUGUCCCGUCGACCACGAGACGAGGCUGGCCUGGCUCGCAGCCAACCCGGGCGCCUCGCACCCUUUUGCUGCCGGCGCCUCUUCUACAUCCCAGCCUUCCUCGUCCUCGGCAUCACCUGCUGCCGCUGCCGCGUCGACUUCCGCAUCAGCCUCGGCGACCCGUCCCACUUCCCGCGCCGACGUCGAGGACCUCUCUCGCCUCUCUGCAGAACGCGAGGUCUCCUCGAUACCCCGUCAUUUCGCCUCGCCCUCGCCUACGCCAUCCACCACCAAUCUGGCUCCGACCACCGACAAUGGCGGAGAGACUGCAGCAACUGCGGCGAGCCGGGAGGGAAGCGACGAGCCCAACUGGGUCUACCCGUCGCCGUUGCAGUUCUACAACGCCAUGAAGCGCAAGUCGCAGAACCCGCAGGUCGAGGAUAUGGACAUCGUCGUGCCCAUCCACAACGCCGUCAAUGAAGAGGCGUGGCGCCGCAUCAUGGUCUGGGAAGCGUUACGGUCCGGCUCCUCGCCCGAUGCAGCCGCUGCCCGGAGCACGGCCAACGGCACAGGGCCCAACGACGUCAAGCUGCUCAACUUCCAGGGCCGACCCCGCGACCUCACCUGGCGGGCGUGGUUCCGCACCUUGGCAGGCUACGCCCCGCCAUUCGACCGGCACGAUUGGACCAUCGUUCGUGGCGGCAACGACGAGGAGCGCAUGCGGUACAUCAUCGACUUUUACGGCGGUCGGAGCAUCCCGAGCCCCGGGCCUUCUGGCGAUGCGGCAAACGGAUUGGUCAAGGCCGGCGGAGGAGGAGGAGUGGGAGGGCAGGGCGUGUCUUUCUUCCUCGACGUAAGACCUGCCCCAGACUCGGUCGAGGGCAUCACGAUGAGGGCAAAGAGGAUGUGGCGGAAGUGGGCUCUGGGCACCGAUGACCUCGGCGUCGGACCGCAGAGGAGACCGACCACCCUUCGCUGA